CUCUCUCUACCCGAUCUGUACGUUUUUCAUUCUCCUGGGGUGUGAGAGUUUUAAUGGCGAAAAUCUCACAGAAUAAGAUCCAAAAGAGUAAAACUCCAAGCUCUAGCAAUAACAGCAAAACCACAACCACCACCACCUCUGGUACUGCUACUACUAGUAGUCCUCCGGCCACCAAGGUCAAGAGGACCCGUAAAAGUGUACGCCGUGACUCCCCGCCUCAGCGGAGCUCCAUCUACAGAGGAGUCACAAGACAUCGAUGGACUGGUCGGUAUGAAGCUCAUUUGUGGGAUAAGAACUGCUGGAAUGAGUCACAGAACAAGAAAGGAAGACAAGUCUAUUUAGGAGCAUAUGAUGAAGAAGAAGCUGCUGCACGUGCCUAUGACUUGGCAGCAUUGAAGUACUGGGGACAAGAUACAAUUCUCAAUUUGCCAGUUUCCACCUAUGAGGAAGAGCUAAAAGAAAUGGAGGGCCAGUCAAAAGAAGAAUACAUUGGAUCAUUGAGGAGGAAGAGUAGUGGAUUUUCUCGUGGCGUUUCAAAGUAUAGGGGCGUAGCAAGACACCACCAUAAUGGAAGAUGGGAAGCUCGAAUUGGAAGAGUAUUUGGAAACAAAUAUCUCUACCUUGGAACCUAUGCAACGCAGGAAGAAGCAGCUACAGCUUACGACAUGGCGGCAAUAGAGUAUCGUGGACUUAAUGCCGUAACGAACUUCGAUCUGAGCCGAUACAUCAAGUCACAAUGCCCUAGUAACGAGAACGUUUCCAACAAUACUCAACCAAACUCUAAUGAUAAUCUCAGUUCGAUCCCAAACCCUGAUUCUAAAGUAGGGUUUGGAUUUAUGCCCAACAAAUUGAGCCCGAGCACUAGUGAGUCGAUAGUAGCAGUUCCGCGGUCGGGGAGUGCCUCGUCGGCGUCAACUGCACUAGGGCUUCUAUUGCAAUCCUCUAAGUUCAAGGAAAUGCUCGAGAGGACGUCGAUUGCAGACAGUUCGUCAACGACUUCGGAGCCAAACAUGCCGCGCCGGAAUUUCCCUGAUGACAUUCAAACGUACUUUGAUUGCCAAGAUUUGAAUAGCUAUGCAGAAGGAGACGACAUUAUUUUCGGGGAGCUAAACUCAUUUGGUUCAUCAGUUUUUCAUUGUGAACUUGAUGCCUAGCCUAAUGCAAAGAGUAAACAAAAUUUUAAUAUAAGUAUAGAACAUAUUGUUUGAGUUUAUUCUUUGAAUUCCUUGUGAAUAUUGUUGGUGAGGGCGAUUAAGGAUGGUGAUUGACAAUGAAAAGAGAUAAGAGUAAAGAUACAAUUGUUCGAA